AUGGGUAAGGCAUACGAAGGUAAUGAGGAUACCUCUGGUAACACGCUUUCUAAUAAAAAAGACAAAAAACGUGCAAUGAUGGAGUCGCCUUCAUAUCUCUCAUACUCUUCUUCACGUUUUAAUUUUAAUACUUUUACCUCAUAUAUUACACGUUUUGCUAAACCAAAAUCUGUUAAUAUUAAAAAAUCACCAAAUAAUUCUAAUAAUUUACAUCUAUUAAUGGUUAAAAAUUCUGGAAGAGUUUCUAAAAAAAUAGAUUCAAGUGGUAAUAAAUGCAAAUUAAAACCAUUAAAGUUAGAUAAUUCUAUUGAGGAGAAAUCUUCAAGUGAUAAAAAGUUAUUUGAUAAAGAUAGUAAGACAUUAUCAAAUAAUAAUGAAAAUAAUACAUAUAUAUAUUAUGAUGAAUCUGAUGAUAUUCAAUUUCCUGAAAAUCUUCCAAAAUUUCAAACAUUACCACGGCAAAUGAAGAUGAAAAAUAUUCCUAUACGAAAGGUUCGUUCUGUCUCAGAACAUUCAAUUUUUGAUGUUGCCAAGAAGGAAGAAUCUAUAGAAAAUGUACGUUUACGUAAGAAAGAUAAUCCAGAAUCAAGAAGUGUUACUGAUGUAAGACAGGUAUUGUCUAAUUCUGAAGAUAAGAAAAUGUAUAAAAGAAGACAAUCUUCAAAUUUUUAUAUUCAAGAAGUUGAUUUAAAAAAUAAUGAUAUGUUUACUAAACAACAAUCUUCAAAUUCACAAAAGAAAAAUGAAAAUUUUGUUGAAAGAGAUAAUAUGUUAAAUGAAGGAGUUGUUGCAUAUGCAUCAAAUGCAGUUAAUUUUAAUCCAAAUCCUACAAUGACACAAUCUUUAUUUAUUCCUAGAGGUGGAUCAAGAAUACCAUUUCAACAUUCAUCAGAAUCAAGAAGUAAUAAUGGACAAUAUAUUUAUGAUGGUGUUACACCAAAAAGAAUUGCACCAGAAAGAAGAAAUUCUCAUUUUUUUAAUAGAUUUAAUAAUGAUAAUGGUGAAGUUUCUGGUGAAGGUUUAUAUAGAGAAAAUGACAAUGUAUCUCAUGUAACAGAUGGUUUCAUUCAACAAUUAUCUCACUCACCAAGUACAAAACGGCCUAUACAUAUUUUGCGCCAAAGUGCCUCUACAAAUGAUGGAAACUAUAAAUCUAAUUCAAAUUUGGAUGAUCUAGUUAAAAAAAAUCAAAAAUCAUUAAAAAGAUCAUUAGAGGAAAAGUUUCUACUUAGGUAUGAUAAAUUAACUAAUAAUAAUAAUACAAAUAUUUCUAUUAUUCAAAAAGAUAAAUUAAUAUCAAGAAGAAAUAGGAAAAAACUUUCAAAUAAUAAUAGUAUUAAAAAAAGUCAUAAGAAAUCACCAAAGGGAAAUCCCAAGGAAGAAUACUCAUUGUCAACAACUACUUCUUCUAGUACUAAUUUAUUAUCAUCUAACAGAGCUUUUUCAAACCAAGAUUCAUUUGGUAAUUACAGUGGUUUGGAGGAACAUCCUUUAAAUACAUCAUCUGGUGUACAUUAUCGUCCAUCAUUAUCUACUGAAUCUAAAAGAAGUCAAAGUUUUGUUCAACUUCCUGGUUAUACGAGUCAACCAUCAACUACAAGUAAUAUUGAAAAUUGGACAGGUCAAUCUUAUAGUAACCAAUCAGUGAUAUAUACAGAAGGAGCUGUUAAACAUCAAGGAUCAUCAUUAUCUUCAUCUGGAUGUGUUUCUAAUAUCUCAUCACCAGCUAAUCAUCAGGAACAUUAUAAUAACGGACAAUCACCAUAUGGAGAGAUGGGACAUAGAAAUAUAAAAAAUUUAAAUAAUGUUGGAGCAGUACCUCCACAACCACAACAUUCUAUGAGAAUUAAUAUGCCUUCACCUUAUGCUGCAACAAAUGGUAUGACACCAACAAGAAGUUCAUCAAAUAUUGCUAAAAAUAAUUAUCAUAAUGUAAGAAAUUUAUCAGAUGAAGUAUUUAUUGAUAAACCUCCUAGAAGUACAAUUCCAAAUGCUAUUAGUACUCAAAGAAUUGAUCAACUUGAAGAAUCAUUACGGGAUAUUCAACAUCAAUUAAAUACUUCAACUGCUAUACAGAUGCAAUCUAAUGUUCAAACACCAUCUAAACCUCAUUCAGAGGAUACUCAACAAGCUUUACUUGCUAUAUUAAUGGAUAAAAAAGCAGAGGCUGAUCAUUUAAAGGAAAAAAUAAAAAAAAUGCAAAAUAAAUUACAGAAACAACAAUGUGAUUUUGCUGAUGAGAUGGAUAAAAUGCGACUAGAAGCAGAAAAUAUUAGGCAUAAAUUACGGUUGAUGACUGAAAAGUUUAAUAAAUUAGAUCAAGAGUAUCGCCUUUAUAAGGAUGUUACACUUAAUGCUGAAAAUGAUAGUCAAAAAAAUCUUGAUGCUAUGAAAGAAAUUAAAGAAAGUUAUGAAAGAGAAAUAAGUGCUUUAAAACAAAGAUUAGCUAAUAUUCUUUCAACGACAGAUGAAAAUUCAUCUUCUAUUAAAGCAGAAAAAAAAUGGUUAGAAAAUGAGAAUAUGUCAUUGAAUGUUAAAUUAAAUGAGAAAGAAGAAGAAAUUACAAAAUUAAAAGAGGAACUUCUUACACUUCGUCUUUCAAAAUCAAUAAUUAAUGAUGAAGAGUAUGAUGAUGAAAAUCUUUUGAUGUUAGAUAAGAGUGAAGAUGAUUAUGUUCCACCACUAGGAAUGAAUCAUAAAAAGAAACUUCUUAAACAUAAUAAAAUUUCUCAACAAUUAUCUUCAUCAACUGAUAGACUUUCUUCAAGAUACUCAUCUUCUAAUAGUUCUGGUUUUGGUGGAUCUCAGUCACAUGAACUUCUUGCUUCUCCAACGAUUGAAAGACCUUUCCAUCCUGGAAUGACAAAUUCCCAAAAUUCUCAAAUUAGUUCAAUGUCUAAUAAUUCAAAUGAAACUUCUACCAAUAAUACAACCUCAUCGACAAUAAUUCAACCAAGAAUGCAAAGAAUUAUUAGAGAUAGUAAUGAAAUUGGAAAGCGUCUACGUAUGAUUUCAAAAUGUCUAUCUGAAAUAUCUACAAACUUUGUUGAUGGAAAAGAUCCUGAAUUUCAUAAAUUGGCAUCACGUUUCAGUGAUUCAUCAGAUUCAGAGGAUGACUUUAACAAUCUUGAUAAUACUGUGUCGUUUAAUAGUAUUCAAUUCGAAAAUACCGUCCGUAAACAUCAAGAAGAUAUCCAGAGAGCUGAACAAUUUCUAUCACAAGUUUCAAGUAACAUUCUCCAUUAUACAACUAGAGCUCCUAGUGAAAAUAAAGGUGUUUGUACUAUUCAAUGA